UUGCUAAUUUAGCAAAAAAAGAAGCACCGCUUUGAAAUGAACCAUUGAGCAAAAAUGGGGAAAGUACAAACGGAAAACAAUUCUGUGGGCAGAUAGAUACAGUAUUAUUGUAUAGUACAUUUAUUUAGAGAGAGAGAAAGAGAGAGUCUGUGUGAGAGAGAGGAGUAUUUCAGAAGCUCACUGCUUCGCUGAUUUUGAGGCAUGCAAGAAGAGAGAGGAUUCGUACUGCACAAGUUUCACAUAUCUGCUCUCUUUUUUUACUGUAUUCGGGACUCAACACUCUUCUUCACACCCUCAUCUCUGUCCAGUUUCCAUAGCACAGAGAGAGAAUAGGGUGUUUUGAGAUAAUGCUGAGGAAGAGGAACAGGUCCGUGCAGAAGGAACAACACCACAUGAGUAAUCUGACACAGUGUGAAGCCAAUUCAGAGCACUAUUCGCAGACUCAUCAUGGCUUGGGACGCAACAACAUCAAGCGACACUCAAUUUUCAAUGUUCCUUGUCUGUUUGUGGGUCUAGGUCCGAAAGGGUUGUUGGAUUCUGAUUCAGUUAGGAGCCCCACUUCUCCACUUGAUGCUAGAGUUCUUUCAAAUCUAGGCAACCCUGUUAGGAAGCCAAGAUCUUCACCUCAUGAAGGGCACCCAAGGAGUUGGGAUUGUUGCAAAGUAGGUCUAGGCAUUGUGGAGUCUUUGGAAGACUGUUCUAGGUUUUCUGGGAAAAUUCUGCAGUCACCAGAGAGCAAGAGGGUUAAUCUCAGUCCCCAAAUGAUGAUCAAAGCCCCAAAUUGCCAAAUCCAUAGGGAUUUUCUUGAGGGAUCCAAGUCUUUGCCCAAAGAUUUUUGUAAGGCUCCUUAUGCCCCUAAAAAUGGAUCUGUUACCCACAAGGGUGAAUCUGAGUUCACUGUUCUUUUUGAGAUUGGAGAAAGUGGCCUUGACCAUGAACUGUUUGGGAGAACCAGAACCAGGUCUUGUUCAUUGGACUCUUGCAGUCCACUGAAAGAGCUUUCUGGCUUAAACACUUCCUUCUCUGAUUCAGACACUGAAAAUUUUGCUGUGAAAGAUGUCAACAUGCAAUUGUGCUCUCCUCCUCAUUUUAUUGGGGGAAGCCAGUACUCAAAUACCUUCCCCCCACCUACAAAGUUGAACACAAACCCUCUUUCCAUUAGCUCUUCUAAUGAAUUUAUCAACUCUCUGUCUGCUACUGAGAUUGAACUCUCUGAGGACUACACAUGUGUGAUUUCCUACGGCCCUAAUCCCAAAACAACUCACAUUUUUGGGGAUUGCAUUCUGGAGACUCAUUCCAAUGCAUUCAAAAUCCAUGAAGAGAAGGAGAAGGUAGUGAACACUGUUGCUAACAGGUCAGGGAGUCCAAACCCAUAUCCCUCAAGCGACUUCUUGAGUUUCUGCCACCAUUGCAACAAGAAACUAGAAGAGGGGAAGGACAUUUAUAUUUAUGGGGGUGAAAAGGCAUUCUGCAGUUUAACUUGUCGUGCCAUGGAGAUCAUGAUUGAUGAGGAGCUAGAGAAAUCCAACACCGACCCUCCUUGUGAAAACUCUGCAAAGCCAAAACUUGGUGAGCUACUUUUUGAAACAGGCAUUCUCACAGGUUCAUAGAAGAAUUAUCUGCCACAUGCACCAUUUGCUCCAUGAGAAUGACACAGGCACCUGAUCAUCUGUUCAGAAGGAGCUGUUUUAUGUGCAUCUUGUUAGCAGCCAUGGAUGAUCGUUUUGUACAUCAUUGUGUCUAAAGCUGGAAUUGGUGUUUCAGCUUUGUCAUGGUCUUUGGUGAAUUGUGACUCUCAAUAAGUUAGUUUUGUUUUCCAUAUAAAUAGAGAUAUAUGUUAUCAAACCAUUGAUAGCCUGCAGAAAAUUAAAGGGUUGAGGUCUAUUUUUCUGGCUUCCCCUUUUGAACUUUUCUUGCAUUAUCUCUAUAUUGUGUCAAUGUAUACAACCCAAAAAAAAAUAUAUUUUUUUAAACUUCUAUGAUA